CCCUUCCAUUUCCCCCCUCCCCCUUAAUCUUUCCCUUCUUCCCCCCUCUCCUCUCUUCUUUUUAAUAUCUUCUAAUUAAUUAAUUACUUCUCCUUCCAACUACCAUUCUCCUUCAUCUACAUCAUAUCACCAUCAUCUCCAUUCCAAGAAACCUUAUCUUCUUCUCUUAUAUAUAUAUAUAUAAAUAUAUUCCAUCUCUCCAUUAACUUCAAUCAAUGAUGGCUUACCUUCUUCCAACUCUAACACUACUACUCUUAUUAUCACUACUACAAUCUUUAACAGAGUCCACCACCUUCACUUUCACUAACAAGUGUGCCAACACAGUGUGGCCCGGCGCGCUUUCCAACUCCGGCUCGGCUCCACUAGAAACCACCGGCUUCGAGCUGACACCCGGCUCAAGCCGCGCCAUCCAAGCCUCAACAGGCUGGUCAGGCCGUUUCUUCGCCCGCACCGGCUGCAACUUCGACUCCACCAACCACGGCUCCUGCGCCACCGCCGACUGCGGCUCCAACGAAAUCGAAUGCAACGGCGCCGGCGCCGCGCCACCAGCCACUCUCGCCGAGUUCACUCUCGCCGGCCCCUCCUCCUCCAAAGACUUCUACGACGUCAGCUUAGUCGACGGCUACAACGUUGCCAUGCUCGUCGAGCCUAGUGGCGGCUGCUCCGCCACCGGCUGCGCCGUGGAUCUCAACCGCCGGUGCCCGGCUGAGCUGAGGGUUGGUCAAGGUGAGGCUCAAGCGUGCCGUAGCGCGUGUGAAGCGUUUGGCACGCCAGAGUACUGUUGCAAGGGCGAGUAUGCUAAUCCUUCCACGUGUCGCCCAUCCGUGUACUCAGAGAUGUUCAAAUCAGCUUGUCCCAGAUCUUAUAGCUAUGCUUUUGAUGAUCCCACUUCCACUUUCACUUGCUCUUCCCCUGCUGAUUAUACCAUCACCUUCUGUCCUGAUUCCACUCCCAGCCAGAAAUCAACAAAGGAUGCAGCAACAGCAGCAGCAGCAACAACAACAACAAGUGAGCCAAAAACAAAAGGGGUGAUGUUGGAAGGAGAAGGUGGGGGGGAAUCAUGGCUUGCAAGCCUGGCAAUUGGGUCAGGGGCCCCAUCAAUUACAAGAGGGUUUUGGAUCUAUCAAGUUUCAUUAACUGCUGCUUCUCUGGUUUUGGUUCUGUUUUGCUUUUUCUUGUGACUUAUUGUGAUUAUUGUUAUUAAUGAGGACAUGAAGAUUCCUCUCUCAAGAUCUACCUCUUGUUUGAAUUGGAUUUCUCCUUUGUUUCUUUUCUCUACUAGUGGGUUUUUUAGAUUUUUAAUUUCUUGGAUCAAUAUUGUACUUAAAAUUAUAUUUAAUUAUAAGGUAUAUAGUAAAAGUUCUCAUCAA